UCCGGGCCCGAAUAAAGCGCUGAUCUCAUGCCCCGCGCGGCCCCAGCGCUCCGGGACCGGCCCCGCGCUCGGGAUCGCCGUCGGGAUCGGCCCCGGCGCUCCGGGAUCGCCUUCGGGAUCGGCCCCGGCGCUCGGGAUCGGCUUCGGGACCCGCCCGGGGAUCGGCCCCGGGGCUUCAGCACCGGCCGCGGGUUCAGCCCCAGGUGCCCGCGGCCAUGACGCCGUACCGGCAGGAGCUGGAGAAGUACCGCGACAUCGACGAGGACAAGAUCCUGCAGGAGCUGUCCCCGGAGGAGCUGGCGCAGCUGGACGCGGAGCUGGCCGAGAUGGACCCCGAGAACGUGCUGCUGCCCGCGGGGCUGCGCCAGCGCGAUCAGACCCACAAGAGCCCCACGGGCCCGCUGGACCGGGACGCGCUCCUGCAGCACCUGGAGCGGCAGGCGCUGGAGGCCGAGGAGCGCCAGGACCUGGUGCCCUUCACCGGCGAGAAGAAAGGGAAGCCGUUUGUGCCCAAGGCGGCGGCGCCGGCGCUGCCGCGGGAGGAGCAGGUGACGCUGGAGCCGGAGCUGGAGGAGGCGCUGGCCAACGCCACCGACGCCGAGAUGUGCGACAUCGCCGCCAUCCUGGGCAUGUACACGCUGAUGAGUAACAAGCAGUACUACGACGCCAUCUGCAGCGGGAACAUCUGCAACACCGAGGGCAUCAACAGCGUGGUGCAGCCGGACCGGUACCGCCCGGUGCCGGACGAGCCCCCGAACCCCACGGACGUGGCCGAGACGCUGCGGCGGCUGCAGGACAACGACCCCGAGCUGCAGGACGUCAACCUCAACAACAUCAAGGACAUCCCUGUCCCCACGCUCGAGGCCAUCUGCGGCGCCAUCAAGACCAACACGCACGUGCGCAGCCUCAGCCUGGUGGCCACGCGCAGCAACGACCUGGUGGCCAACGCGGUGGCCGAGAUGCUGGAGCACAACCAGAGCCUGCAGAGCCUCAACCUCGAGUCCAACUUCAUCACCAGCGCGGGGAUGCUGCGGCUGCUGGCGGCGCUGGGGCGGUGCCACAGCCUGAGCGAGAUCCGCCUCGACAACCAGUGCCAGCGCCUCGGGGACACGGUGGAGAUGGCCAUGGCAGCCACCCUGGAGCAGUGUCCCUCCCUGCUGAGGUUCGGCUACACCUUCACCCUGCAGGGCCCGCGGGCGCGCGCCGCCGCCGCCCUCACCCGCAACAACGAGCUCCGUCGCCAACAGAAGAAAUCCUAAAACCCCCCCGAGCUCAGGAACCGCUGGGAAUAAAGUGGAAAAAUGGUGCAAAAACGUCCCAAAAAAUUCCCACUUUA